AUGGACGCCCCAGCUCCAACCCACCGAUCCCAAACUUUGGACCACUCCUCCAUGUUCCACUUUCUCCAUAGACUGGUGGGGACCAAGAGUGGCUCAAAACGCUCUGACAAGGGACUGGCAGGUGAUGAGGCCUGUCCCUCACAAGAGCAGGAUGCUGACCCCCUUAUGAUGGGCCACAAGGGCCAAGUAGAAAGGAAGGAGCUCGGGCCACCCUCUAUGCUGGCUGGUGCCCUCGAAGUGGCCAUUCCUGAGGGCUCCCCACACCUGCCAGUGCACAAUCCCUCACACCAGAAGAUGGGAGAUGCCUGGGUCCAGACCCUCAACCCCACAGAGAUCCUACAGGUGACGGCCCAGGGCAAAGAGGUGGAGUCAGUCCUGCCCAGAGGAAGCAAGGGGGUACUGAGCAAUCUGUCUGAGAAGGAGAAGGAGGAGGAAGAAGAGGAGAAGAAGGAGGCAACAAGGGACCAGGUUGCCCAGUCCCAGGAGGUGAAGCAAGAACACUGGCAGAGGGCCGUGGGGCCACGAGAGGUCAGUUCCAAGACCUACACCAGGAAGCAGGAGAAGGAGAGUCUGCUCAACGGGUUUGUGGAGUCAGAGUUAAAGAAGCUUCUGGCAGUGCAGCGGGAGUCUCGCCUGUGGAAGAUGGGUGACAAGGGGGGCCGGAAGCUGCUGACCCAGCCAGAGGUCACCCUGGAGGAGGCGGGCAUUGUGGAUGGCCAGCACCUGCUGCUUGAGGAGAUGGACGAGAUGGGGAACUGGCCUCCAGAGUGA